AUGUCAAACUCCAAACACGUGGCGGACAAUUACAAGCAAAUCUCGCUUUGGCAAAGAGGGAACGGAAAAAAACUGAUCGAUAAUAUAGAGAUACAUCGCGGGGAUGUUAUCUUAGAUAUGGGCUGCGGUACUGGAGAAUUGUCUGCGUAUCUGGCCGAGCUUGUAGGAGAAGAUGGAAGAGUCGUUGCCAUUGAUCCCGACAGGUAUCGAGUAGAAGUGGCUCAAGAAUCACACAGCGAAAUAAAAAAUCUUGCAUUUCAUGAAGGCAGCUCUGCAGACUUUGCAGGAAUGGGCUCAGAGACUUACGACAUGGUCUUUUCUAACUUUGUGUUUCACUGGAUUCAGGAUAAAGAAGAAGCUCUCAAGAAUAUGUUUUGUAGCCUGAAACCAGCAGGAAAAAUUGUGCUGUCUUACGGCGAUCGCCUUCCCUCUUUCGUCGAUAAAAUUUAUCGAGAACUUCAAAACUCUGAAAGCAAGGAACGUAUGCUAAACAAACGCUUUUACGAAAGGAGGACAAAGAUUGAAGAGAUGUGUUCGGCUGCGGGAUUUGACAUCGUGAAAAGUGUCGACAUCAAGAUGGAGGAUUUGGAGUUUGAAAGUGUUGAAAGCAUGUGCUCGUAUGUCUGGGCAACUAACCAAGGCAGGUUUGAUCGAGAGCUAGUCACGAAAGACAAGAUAGCAAGUUUUUGUGCUCGGUACACAAGCGGGGAAAAUUCUAAACCGUUCACGGUGUUUACCAAUGAAGGAGAUUAUUAUUGCGUAUUGAUUGCAGCUAAACCAGGAAAAACUUGA